AUGGUGUUUCGUUUCAACAUUAUAUGGUCUGAAAAUGAUAGAGGACGUGGACCGGCCCUCAGCUGCCCCACAAGCUCCCAAUUCGUCGAUAGUCUUCGUAGUCAUGCACUGGAGACGCGCCUAGCCGGAGUAUUCAUCGAAAGGAUGGACGUAUCGAAUCGUGGGUCCCUCCUCUCACCUUCUGUAUUAUUGGAAAUGACUCCACCGUUCAGACUUGCCAAGUUUGGCAACACCUACAUUCAGACAAUCACGGACCUGACCUUCGAGGUCUCUGCGGCCGUGGCGCGACUUGCCAUCUCUAUCAAGGAUUGGAGCGAUGGGAGGAGUCCCACCACCGAGUCCUUGCUCGCGCAGACGGGUGUCGAGAAUGAUACACCCAUCGAGACGGAGCCGGGCGCAUCCGGGCGCGCCGGCAGUGACAGUCCGGCGCAGCUGCUCCAGAACGGAUCGGCGGCGACGAAGACGGCACUCCUCGACGAGCUGCCGAGCCUAGUCCGGGACCAGGUGAGUUCCGUCCGGGACCAGGUUCGGGACCAAAUGUCUGAGCAGUUGCGGGAUCUUGUCCGGGAUGCCGUCCGAGCCGAGAUGGAGCGCCAGCAGGAUGUGGCCGAGGUGGCCUCUCUGUCCCCGUCGGAAAUGCGGCGGUCUCGCCUUUGGGGCGCAUUUUCCUGGGGGUCUAGGUGA